GUCCUUGUGUAGAAUUUGCCAAAAGCAAGUGGUGAAGUUGACUGUGAAUGACAGAACAAACACGCCAAGAGCUAGCGCCAUCACUAGCAAUGCAACCGAUCCGUCCUCAGUCCGGGUUGCCGUCCGAGUUCGCCCAUUGCUGGCUUCCGAAGGGGGAUCCGACCACUGCGUCGAAGUUAUGGGGCAACAUGCACAAAAACAACAACACCAUCACGUCAUUCGUAUCGGUGGUGUUUCCGGUCCACGCUUUACUUUUGAUCAAGUAUUUCCUCCAACGGCAACGCAAACGGCGGUCUACCAACACGUUGUCGCACCGUUGCUGGAUGCAACUUUGGAAGGAUACAACGCCACAAUCCUGGCCUACGGACAAACUGGAUCAGGAAAAACACACACGAUCCUGGGUCCGCACGAUUCCAUACUGCACAAUCGUGAACAAGCCGGGGUCUUACCUCGAGCCGUACACGAUUUGUUCGAACGCCUGCAAGAACGCGACACUGUCACAGUCAAAUUACAGUUUUUGGAACUCUACGGAGAGCAAAUUCGGGAUUUACUGGCGAAUUCUGCAACUGCGUCGUCGGAAUCACAGGCUCUUGGCGGCAAACUCACGAUUCGCGACAACGGAACGGACGAGCCCGAAGUCGUUGGCGCCACCCUGCGCCUCGUCACCACAGCCGACGAAGCUCUGCGUUGUAUCACUACUGGAAUGCUGCGCCGUGUUACGGGGGCUACCGCAAUGAACGCGACGAGCUCGCGCUCUCACGCCAUGCUUUCCCUUUCGACCGAAAACGUGGGAACGCUACCACAAACUACGUGCCGGAUCAAACGUUCCAAGUUCAAUUUUGUCGACUUGGCCGGUUCGGAACGGCAAAAGCGCACGCAGUCUCAGGGACAACGUCUUAAGGAAGGAAUCGACAUCAAUAAAGGUCUGCUUGUCCUGGGGAACGUAAUUUCGGCCUUGGGGGAUCCGAAGAAGCGGGGCAAAACGUUCGUACCCUACCGCGAUUCAAAACUCACGCGGCUGUUGCAAGGUAGUCUGGGAGGCAAUCAUCAAACGCUUAUGAUUGCUUGCGUUAGCCCGGCUAGCAGCAAUCUGGAAGAAUCCUUAAAUUGUUUGCGGUACGCCAACCGGGCAAAGAAUAUCCAGAACAAUGCCGUAGUAAAUGUAGAUCCGACCACACGUCUCGUG